AGAGUUGAAAGGUCAAAGAUUCACACACAUGCGUGAUAGCGUUUCUGUGAAUCGUGGUGUGUGAGAUGGCGGGUCGUGUGUUUUUGAGGUCGUCUUUGCGGAUUUGUCCGAGAAUUUUGAGAUUUCGUCAACAGGUACCGAGACUGUACCGCUGUGCUUCAGCCAGACCUGCAGCUACGACCAAACUCUGUCAGGGGGAGCUGCUGCACAGACACGCACAUUUCAGGCAUUUUCAAACUUCCACAGCCUGCUGUGGAGAAAUUGUACAGUUCAAGUUGUCAGACAUCGGAGAGGGCAUUGCUGAAGUCAGUGUUAAGGAAUGGUAUGUCCAGGUAGGAGACAAAGUUGCCCAGUUUGACUCCAUCUGUGAGGUCCAGAGUGACAAGGCCUCUGUCACCAUCACCAGCAGAUAUGAUGGGAUCGUCCGCAAACUGCACUAUGAAGUAGAGGACAUCGCUGCUGUUGGAAUGCCACUGGUGGAUAUAGAAACUGCAGGGGAAGGAGACAGCUCCCAAGCGGAGGUGACCUCUGACACGUCCUCCUCAGACGAGGACUUGGAACAGAAACACAUGCACCAGCAGGUCAAAGGUCAGAAGGUGAUGGCCACGCCCGCAGUCCGCAGACUCGCCAUGGAAAACAAGAUUGACCUUUCGGAGGUUAUGGGCACAGGCAAGGAUGGGAGAAUACUGAAGGAAGAUGUUCUUAACUUCCUAGCAGGAACCCAGCCUCCUAAAAUUGAUCCAGAUGUGAAACCAUCCCUCACCCCAGAGGCCCCCUUCUACCCCACCCCCGAAAUUGUUCCACCCCCUCCCUCUACCCCUCCCCCUGCCCCCACCAAGCCCCUUCCUGUAGCCACUGUGCCAACCGUGGUGGGAGAGGACAGAGUCGAACCAAUCAAAGGCUUCAGGAAGGCCAUGGUGAGGUCCAUGACUCUAGCCCAGUCCAUCCCCCAUUUUGGGUACUGUGAUGAGAUAGAAAUGACAGCGUUGGUACAGCUGAGAGCUGAGUUAAAGGGGGCGGCGGAACAGUACGGAGUCAGGUUAUCCUUCAUGCCAUUCUUCAUCAAGGCUGCUUCCAUGGCACUUCUACAAUAUCCAGUCUUGAAUGCUACUGUUGACGACAAGUGUGAAAACAUGACAUUGAAGGCAUCUCAUAACAUAGGCCUAGCCAUGGACACAGCCAAUGGUCUGGUGGUGCCCAACGUGAAGAAUGUUCAGGGCCUGUCUGUACUGGAGGUGGCUGCAGAAUUAAACAGGCUCCACAACCUGGGCCUACAGGGCAAGCUGGGCACAGGGGACCUCACAGGCGGCACCUUUACACUCUCCAAUAUAGGAGCGAUCGGAGGUACCUACGCCAAACCAGUCAUCAUGCCCCCUGAAGUUGCUAUAGGAGCGCUGGGUAAAGUACAGGUGUUGCCCAGAUUUGACACCAGCGGUGACGUGUACGCUGCGCACCUCCUGGCGGUCAGUUGGUCAGCUGACCACCGCGUGAUCGACGGCGCCACCAUGGCGCGUUAUUCCAACCUCUGGAAGUCGUACCUAGAAAAUCCUGCCGCCAUGCUGCUGCACCUCAAGUAGGAAUAGAUAGGGGGCAUUGUGAAACCAUCCAGACAUUGGCCAUAGUAAGAUGGCAUGUUUCUCCCCAACCAACUUCUGAAAGUCAGUCUUGAAUUGCUGCACCUCAAGCAGAGGUAGUUAGGAGGCGAUUCUAAAAACCACUAGGGCCAGAUUCAAUGUCCUGACUAGACUGGAUUACCAUCAAGAUUUUAAAGUCAAAAUUGGGGCGACCUCAAAUAGGAAUAGAUAGAGCACUUCUCAAACUUUUUGAGCCAAGGGACAAAAGAAUUGUUUAGUCCAAAGCUACUAUGAAUGGAAGGUGAAGUACCGGGCAACCUGAGAAUUUCUAAUUCUAACUUAUUCUAUUAACGUUUUGGUUUUCAUCCUUGAUGUAAUCUCAUUAUCUCUACUGCACUGACCAAAGUUUGUGCAUUUUUUGCAGUUAGAGUUUCUGUUUCCAUGUCUUGUUUCUUAUUGUGUGUGUACUUUGGUAGGAAAAGUGCAUUAUUGCUAUAGAUAAAAUGGGGAGGUUAAAUAAUUAAACAUUUCAUGCAUUAUACGUCGAUGUUAGACAUCCAGGUAAUAAGAUAUACCAAAAAGUAGUUACUCAAGCAACUGGAUAUGGUUUUGGAAAAGGUCAGACGUUUCGGAUAGAAUCCACUA